AUCGGCUGAAUAAAGCAUCUGCAGAACUGGCCCGGAGAGCUGCGGAUGAUGUCUCUGCACAGACAGGUUGUAAGCGGUUUGUAGCAGGAGCCGUGGGUCCCACCAAUAAAACGCUGUCAGUGUCUCCAUCGGUGGAGAGACCUGACUACAGGAACAUCACGUUUGAUGAGCUGGCAGAGGCGUAUGCGGAGCAGGUGAAGGGUCUGAUGGACGGAGGCGCUGAUGUUCUGCUGGUGGAAACCAUCUUUGAUACAGCGAACGCAAAGGCGGCGUUAUUUGCCAUCGACAGGCUGUUUGAGGAGUGUUACGAACCUCGACCCGUGUUUAUCUCUGGCACUAUCGUGGAUAAGAGCGGCCGCACUCUCUCGGGUCAGACGGGCGAAGCGUUUGUCAUCAGCCUGUCUCACGCUCAGCCGCUGUGUAUUGGUCUGAACUGUGCUCUGGGAGCGAAUGAAAUGCGUCCGUUCAUUGAAGCGAUAGGAAAGAGCACGGGAGCGUUUGUCAUCUGUUAUCCAAACGCAGGGCUUCCCAACACAUUCGGAGGCUACGAUGAAACCCCUGACGUCACAGCGUCUCAUAUGAAGGAGUUUGCGGUGGAUGGUUUGGUGAAUAUUGUCGGUGGCUGCUGCGGAACGACACCUGAUCACAUCCGGGCGAUUGCUGAAAGCGUGCGUCACGUCAAACCCCGAGUUCCUCCUACAGACGUGUACGGUGAUUAUAUGUUGCUGUCAGGUCUAGAGCCGUUCAGGAUCGGCCCAUACACAAACUUUGUGAACAUCGGUGAGCGCUGUAAUGUCGCUGGAUCACGCAAGUUUGCCAAACUCAUCAUGGCUGGAAAUUAUGAGGAGGCGUUGAGCAUCGCUAAAGCUCAGGUGGAGAUGGGCGCUCAGGUUCUGGACAUUAACAUGGACGAGGGGAUGCUGGAUGGAGCUGCUGCUAUGACCCGCUUCUGUAAGCUCAUCGCAUCUGAACCCGACAUCGCGAAGGUGCCGCUGUGCAUCGACUCGUCAAACUUCGCGGUCAUCGAGGCGGGUCUGAAGUGCUGUCAGGGCAAAUGCAUCGUUAACAGCAUCAGCCUCAAAGAAGGCGAGGAGGACUUCCUGCGACGGGCGAGACGGGUCCGUCGCUACGGCGCCGCGGUGGUCGUCAUGGCGUUUGAUGAAGAUGGACAGGCGACAGAGACGGAUCAGAAGGUGAAGAUCUGUUCUCGUGCGUAUCACCUGCUGAUCAGUCAGGCGGGCUUCGACCCCAACGACAUCAUCUUUGACCCCAACAUCCUGACCAUCGGCACCGGCAUGGAGGAGCACAGCAUGUACGCCGUUAACUUCAUCAGAGCCACGCAAAGCGUGUGUGUGUGUGUGUGUGUAGAGAGUCUGCCGGGAGCCAGGGUCAGCGGUGGUCUCUCCAACCUCUCAUUCUCCUUCAGAGGGAUGGAAGUCAUCAGAGAGGCCAUGCAUGGAGCCUUCCUCUACCACGCCAUCAAGGACGGCAUGGAUAUGGGAAUCGUGAACGCUGGUAAUCUGCCGGUGUAUGACGACAUCGAUAAAGAGCUGCUGCUGCUGUGUGAGAACAUCAUCUGGAACCGAGACCCAGAGGCCACUGAGAAGCUCCUGCUGUACGCACAGAAUCACACUAAAGGAGGGAAGAAAGUGAUUCAGACGGACGAGUGGAGGCUGGCCAGUGUGGAGGAGCGGCUGGAGUAUGCGCUCGUCAAGGGUAUAGAGAAGUAUGUGGUGGAGGACACGGAGGAGGCGCGCGCUCAGACCGACCACUAUCCCCGACCCCUGCGCGUCAUCGAGGGCCCGCUCAUGAACGGCAUGAAGACCGUCGGAGAUCUGUUCGGAGCCGGGAAGAUGUUCCUACCUCAGGUGAUCAAAUCGGCCCGUGUGAUGAAGAAAGCUGUUGGUCAUCUGAUUCCCUUCAUGGAGAAGGAGCGGGAGCAGAUGAUGUCCGUCUCCGGCUCUACUGAGGACGUGGACCCGUAUCAGGGGACGGUUCUGCUGGCCACAGUGAAGGGAGACGUUCAUGAUAUUGGAAAAAACAUCGUAGGUGUCGUGUUGGGAUGCAACAACUUCCGGGUCAUUGAUCUGGGAGUGAUGAUUCCCUGCGACAGGAUCCUGCGGGAGGCCAUUCACAACAAAGCAGACAUCAUCGGCCUGUCGGGUCUCAUCACGCCUUCACUGGACGAAAUGAUUCAUGUUGCCAAAGAAAUGGAGCGUCUGGGCUUGAAGACUCCUCUGCUGAUCGGUGGAGCCACAACAUCAAAGACUCACACUGCGGUGAAAAUCGCCCCGCGGUACAGCUCUCCCGCGGUUCACGUUCUCGACGCGUCCCGCAGUGUAGUAGUGUGCUCUCAGCUGCUGGAUGAAGGCAUCCGCGAGGAUUUCUUCGAGGAGAUCCGGGAGGAGUAUGAAGACAUCCGACAGGAUCACUACGACUCACUGAAGGACCGACGGUUCUUGUCUCUGAGUCGAGCUCGAGAGAAAGGCCUCCAUAUCGACUGGCUCUCUCAACCCAGACCAGUGCGGCCGCAGUUCUUGGGCACACAUGUGUUUGACACGUAUGACCUGCGUAAGCUGCUGGACUUCAUCGACUGGAAGCCGUUCUUUGACGUGUGGCAGCUGCGGGGGAAAUACCCCAACCGCGGAUACCCCAAAAUAUUCAACGACAAAACCGUGGGAGAGGAAGCGCGGCGUGUGUAUGAUGAAGCUUUGAAGCUGCUGAACCGGUUGAUUGACAGCCGAAGACUGCAGGCCCGUGGACUCCUGGGAUUCUGGGCCGCUCAGAGUGACGGCGAUGACAUCCACCUGUACGCUGAUGAUGUCACGACACAAACCGCCACACCUGUCGCCACCUUCUACGGCAUCAGACAGCAGGCGGAGAAGGACUCCGCGAGCUCCGAGCCGUACCUGUGUCUGUCUGAUUUCGUGGCUCCUCGUGGCAGCGGCAUUCAGGAUUAUGUGGGUCUGUUCGCCGUGUCCGUGUUUGGAGCAGAAGAACUCAGCCAGAAGUUUCAGCAGCAGGGAGACGAUUACAGCAGCAUCAUGGUCAAAGCCCUGGCAGACCGACUCGCUGAGGCGUUCGCGGAGGAGCUGCACGCUCGUGUGCGCAGGGAUCUGUGGGGUUACAGCUGUGAGGAGGAUCUGCUGGCGUCUGACCUGCACCGGCUGCGGUAUGAAGGGAUCCGUCCGGCCGCAGGAUACCCCAGCCAGCCCGACCACACCGAGAAACACACCAUGUGGAAACUCGCAGACAUACAGGAGAAAACCGGUAUCGGUCUGACGGAGUCUCUGGCCAUGACUCCUGCUGCUUCCGUAUCCGGCCUGUAUUUCUCCAACCCCAAAUCCUGCUAUUUCGCUGUGGGUAAAAUCACUAAAGAGCAGGUGGAGGAUUACGCUCACAGGAAGCAGAUGGAGGUGUCGGAGGUGGAGCGCUGGUUGGGUCCGAUCCUGGGCUACGACACCGACUGAUGCUAAACCGCUCGGAUCAGGACGACACUGCAGAGAAAACUCAUUUUGUUUUGUUGAUUUUGGCCCAGAUUAGGGAUUUUAAUAUCAAAGGGUCCAAAAAACACUUAUCUUUACACUACGGAGGUGCCACCUAGAGCGCUGCUUUUAAUUACAUUUCUAUUUUUAAUAAAACCGUGACAAGCACUUAUUUUAUUUUUAGACCUGUGGGUUUUAUAAAUUGAUUUCUUAUGCGAUUUAAAGAAAAUAAUAGUACAAAAGACCAGCCGAACUUACAGACUCCAGCAGAUCCUUUAAUUUCUCUUUGAUUGUGAUUUCAUCAUUUAAACUGAACAGGUUUCAGUUCCUGAAGUCACUAGACGGUAAACACAGUAAAUUCAGUGGCGUCUGUCAUUUAACUCUCUCUCUGUGUGUCUUCCUGUAGGUUUGACGGUUUAAAUUGACAUAAAUGAGGUCCAUAAGAGCAAACGGUCAGUUU